ACGCAUUGGGGCGGCAUUGAGAAGAUGAUAGUGGAUAUAUUAUGGACUGUAUUUCAUGGUAUACCUCGCCAUUUCUUCACCCAAAAUGCAAAAUAAAGUGGAAUUUAGGAGUUUUUGUGCAUCAGAACGCAUAUUUGUCACGACAUGGUCAAGAUGACAAUCUAGGGGCUCUAUACGUAUGCAUUACGUAACCGGAGGAGCGCUCGCAACGGUCCGUAAGACAUCCAGAGGUCGGGCGGGAAGGGAGAUGUAUCAGUCAACAAGGUAGCUAGACUUCAGCCGGCGAUCAAGGAGCAUCCAACAUGUCUCGCCCAACAAGUUACAAGCUCCACUACGGCGAGUCGCUGAAGCUCACCAGGGCCUCCAAGCAGUACAUGUACGACGACAGUAACACCGAGUACCUGGACUGCGUCAGCAACGCGGCACAUGUGGGCCACUGCCACCCCCACGUGGUGUCGCGCGGUCCAGCAGCAGAUGGCGCGCCUGGUCUGGGCCCAGGGCUUCCUGUUCGACGCGCUCUCGCUGUACCUGAAGGAGCUCACCGACCUGAUGCCCGAACAGCUGAGCGUCUGCUACCUCGUCAACUCCGGGUCGGAGGCCAAUGAUCUGGCGCUGCGCAUGGCCCGGGCCUACACCCAGCACGAGGACGUGAUCGUCCUGGAGGG